UGUUGAUAUUGACAUCAUAAAUAUCUAAUUUGAGUAUUCUGAAUGAUUUUUGCUUCGUGUGAAAGCUGAAUGCCAGAAUGGCGAAACUGAUGGACUGCAUCCUUCCUCAGUAUGAAUUUGCAGAUUUAGCCCAGGUGCUGCCCAAGGUGGCCACCGACGACAGGACGGUGAUCAUCACGUCGGUGAACGAAGCGUUCGCGCGUCCCAACUCACUGCUCGGCCUCUUCCGCGAGAGCUUCCAGGUCGGUGAAGGGAUCGGCCACCUCCUGAACAACGUCCUCGUCGUCGCCGUCGACGCCAAGGCGUUCCGCUACUGCAAGGCCGUGCACCCACACUGCUACCUCCUGGAGGUGAAGACCAUGAACCUCAGCUCCGCCAACAACUACAUGACCGAGUCCUAUAUUGAGCUCGUCUGGACCAAGCUCUCCCUGCAGCAGCGCGUCCUCGAGCUCGGCUACAACUUCCUCUUCACGGACGUGGACAUCGUGUGGUUCCGCAACCCGUUCCGGCACAUCAGCGCGUUCGCGGACAUGACGACGUCGAGCGACGUGUUCUCCGGCGACGCCGACAGCCUGGACAACUGGCCCAACACGGGGUUCUUCUACAUGAAGGCGACCAGCCGGACGGUGGAGAUGCUGCGGCGGUGGCGCGCGGCGCGGGCGCGGUUCCCGCCGAACCACGAGCAGGCCAUCUUCAACGAGAUCAAGCACGAGCUCGCCCGGGACCUAGGCGCGCGCGUCCGGUUCCUCGAUACGGCGCGCUUCGGCGGCUUUUGCCGGAUCUUCCACACCGACAUGGCUGCGGCGUGCACCAUGCACGCCAACUGCUGCUUCGGGCUCGCUAACAAGCUGCACGACCUCAGGGACGUGCUCGGCCAGUGGAAGAACUACACGGGCCUGACGCCGCAGGAGAAGAAGAGCCAGAAGUUCACGUGGAAGGAUCCGGCCAAGUGUGGGACUCCGGACAAAAGGGACACAUGAUGAAUACGAGAAAUGCACUAUAUAACUACAACAGCAAGCGGGAAUCAA